AACACUGGUCCUGUCCAGCCCACAGAGGCUCGGAUAAGGAAGUAGCUACAGUCCUACUUGUGCUCAAUUGGACAGCGAAGGGGGGGAAAGUGUCAUCAGAGUCCCUGCAGCCAUGAAGCUUCGACUGCACUUCGUGGUGGACCCCAUGGGCUGGCUGUGUAUCAGUGUGGUGUUUGGGAUCUGGCUCUACAACACUUUUUUCAUCCCCAAGCUAGUUCUACUUCCACACUACAGUGAAGGACACAUCCCCUGGGCCAUUGUUGUUUGUUAUUACAUAGCAUCAGGACUCUGCAUUAUGGCCCUUUUCAGAGCUUCCACAGCAGAUCCUGGCCGUCUUCCUACAGACCCCCAUAUACCUCAUUCUGAGCGAGAACACUGGGAAUUGUGCAAUAAAUGCAACUUAAUGAGACCGAAAAGGUCCCACCACUGCAGUAGAUGUGGCCAUUGUGUCCGCAGAAUGGACCACCACUGUCCUUGGAUUAAUAACUGUGUGGGAGAAGACAACCACUGGCUCUUCCUGCAGCUCUGCUUCUACGCUCAGGUCCUCAGUUUGUUCACACUAGUGCUGGACUUCUGCCAAUACUAUUACUUCCAGCCACUGACAGGACUAGAUCAGGAAAAGUUUACAACACGUCAUGAACUGGCUUUGCUGAGGGUGUCGGCGCUCAUGGGUGUGGUCAUGUUCGGCGGCAUGACAAGCUUGUUUUACACUCAGAUGGCGGGCAUCCUCUCGGAUACUACCACCAUAGAGAAAAUGGCUCAGUUCUCAAAUGACAUAUACAACUCAAAGAGGUCCUGGCAGCGGGCGCUAGCUGAGGUUUGCGGCACUCGCUGGAAACUCCUGUGGUUAAUUCCGCUCCGAAGCAGAGAGCCGCUCCAAGCCAGCCACCACUUCCGCACCCACGUGUAGGCCGGUAGCUCCAUGGUACCAUUUACCUGUACAGAUGGUAGGGGCUGGCACCUUCAGUCAGAUGAAAAACUCUAUCCACACGCAAAGAAUCCAUCUGCUCGCCUUUUUCACCGACCUCUUUUGUGCUGUGGGAGCUGAGCAGCCGUCUCGGUUUGACACUGGAUACUCGAAACUUUUUCUCUUUUAUUUAUUCUUUUUUAUUUUUUUCUCCGUUUUGUUUUUUGCCUUUCUCUUCAAGGCCCAGAUUGGCAGUAAACAGGGUAAAGAAACACCACUGGGAAUGACAGGAAAGUGUUGUUUUUUUUACUCACUGUGACUUCUGGCAUUUUUUGGAAGCCACUUUUAAUGGCUAAUUGCAUCAAAGAGAUGGAAGUCUUCACCUGAAAGCAGCUGGCAAAAGGGACCCUCACUCAGGUUACUUUAAUAAAGAGCCUUUACUACUGACCUUUAAUCAGCUACAGACAGAACUAGGGUAAUUCCAGUGUGUCUAUCAGAAAGGCAUUUUUUUUGUAUAAAGUUGGUGCCUUGUUUCUUUUUCCCUGCCCUUUUUAUUUUAUACACAUGAGCUGCUUUUGGGUUAUGUUCUCUGAUUGGUGAACUUUAAAUGAAAUAACUAUUAUGGGAGCGUUUGGAAAUUUCUGUGAAUAGCAAACGUACUUGUUGCUACUGUAUUAAUUUAAUCAGUUGAACUUUAAUGAAUGUUUUCUCGCAUUGCUGUAUGAACAAUUUACCUAUGAAGUGAAGUUUGACGAAGCAUGGUUACAGGACAGAGUUGUUACCUUGAAUACUGAUAUGUGAUACUUUUACGGAAGAUGACAAGCCGGCUAUCAAGGCAUGUACUAGCAAGCAGAUGGUGUAAACCUACCAGGCCAUGACAAAAUCCAGCAUCUGAAGGAAGCUAAUACCAACUACAACUGGAGGAUAUUAAAACAAUUAAAGGUAUAAUAUGUAAGAUUUUCCUUUUAAAAACGAUCAACAGACUCUAGUCAUGACUUCUGACCCCCUAAAAAUGUCAUUUAGAAAUAUUUACCUACUUAGACAGUACCCUGGUUUGUGUUAUAUUAUUUCCUUCUCAUGUUGCCAUGUUUUGGAGAUUUCUCGGGGAUAGCAUUUGAACAGCACACACACAACACAUGCUUCAGCUAUUUUCACAGAAAACAACUAAUUCCUAAUAAGCUGUUAACAUGGCUAAAGAAAUUGAACAAAAACACAUUUCAUUUAUGAGUUUAUGACUUUAUUUAUAUGUCAUUGUAAGAAAACAAGUUACAGUGAAAUUAAGGGUUGCUCUCCUUCAAUAUAGGCAAAAUGUAUUUAAAAAAAAAAUUUAUUCGUCAUUUCGUUAUUUCAUCAAACCCUCCGGAAAAGGUUGUCUUGUAAAAAGUGCAAAUUUGAUUCAUUGUCUGAGCGCAAUCCUAAUAAAACUAGCAUAAUAUUGACAUAUCCCACAUUUUAAUCAGAAAGUGCUUGAUUUGGAAGAUUAUUCAGAGUAUCAAUAACAAAAAAUUCUGUUAAUGUAAUACCUGUCUAAUAGUGUGCACUUAAAUGUAUUCAUUCAAAAAAGUAAAUGUUUAUUAUUUAUUCAUUAAAGUUUGUGUCAAAACACCAAAUUUCCCUUUUGGGUCUCAAGCUCAUAGACUCAAACUUUAAAACAUAACUGCUGUGAAACAAUCAGAAAAUAAUAUUUUAUUUCACUUUUUCAUGGCUAUGUCUACACUAACUAACACUAACACUGCUGUCUCCCUCUGUCCCAUUCAUUCACUUGAGCUGGGAGGAACUCUGAACCACAUUCAACUGGAAAAUCUUACAUAUUAUGACUUUAAACCUACUAUAGUUUUAUUUUUCUUUGAGAGUGAAGAACAUUCUGCAUCAAGACCUGAUUAAGACUUGUUGUAAAAUCCUUCCAGGAAUGUUUCAAGUAUUGCAUACCAUUUUAACUUUAAUCAGCACUGCACUUAGAGUUCAUUGGCACAAAUCACUUUUGACCUCUUAGAUUUUUUACCCUAAUGACUAUAUGAUUUGUGAUUUGUACUCAUUUUAGUGCUUUCGCUUUCCUAGUUACAAUAGGUCUUAAAUGUGUCUAAGCAAGUGGCUUUAAAUAUCAGUAACUUUAUCAAUAAUAUAAGUACAAGAGUAAUACUUGGCUAUGUCUUAGCUAAACCUGUAUGUAAACAGCUGUAUUGGGGGGAAAUAUACCAGUAUCCAAGUAGUUUUAAGUGCCUGUCUAGGUGUUAUUUGUUUUUUGCUCUGGCUCUAUGUUGUGUUUUCGGUCUCCGUACAAGCCAAAGACCUGGGGAAAUGUUGCAAUAGUUUGUGUGCCCUCAGUUAAUGCAUGUUUCACCAAAUAUCUGGAGGUAGCUGUUUUCAAUAUUAUGCACUGAUUUUCACACUAGCACACAGUCUGUUUUACUGCAUCUGUGGUACGCUCGAAAAGACAGCCUGUUUUUUAUAUUGUGUUUCGUAUUUUAUUCUGAUUGUUUGCAUUCGCACGAGUGUGUGGUGAUGACUUUGCUCAGUGGUUUUUAUAACUCCAAUUCAGGUUCUGGAUGUUUAUGUGAUGUAUUUUUAUUUGUUUGUGUUGAAAUGGUUGGAUGUGCAAAAGUAUGGGAUCGCCACUAAAGGAAGGAGCUACUGACACAUGGCAUUCGUGAUUUGUUUUUAGGCAUUAUCAUUUUAAUAAGCAAUAAUACAUCACAUAGUUUUAGGAGUAGUGGAAAUCUGAAAUGUAUUGUUAUGUGUGAUAUAUAUAUAUAUUAUUAUAAUUAUUAUUAUUAUUAUAUAUA